UUAUGAAUGAAACAGCUGCAAGUCCGGUGGUGGUGGUUAACAAUCGUAAAAUGUCAUACGCCUCUGGCUUUUAUUUGGAAAUUUAUAUUACCGAAAAUAAGGGCAGAAUAGUUCACCAUUGAUUCUGAAUUGAUAUACCCGAAAAUGAGAAUACAAUUUAUCGUCGUGAAUUUCCCCCCAUUUUAGAUUCGAUUUUGAGGCUUUUUAUAAGGCUUUCAGCUUUAGCUGUUACAUACCUAUAUCCGCGUACGAGGUUAUGCCACCUUCUCAAAUGUACAUAUUUCAAAUAUGAAAAGAUGUUAUUAAUCACCUGGUAAUGUCAGAGACAUCAGGGGUAAACAGGAAAAAAUUUUAUCCCCUGUUCCAGAGGACUCAUACCUUUCUUUUUGACGUAAAAUGAACGCAGUGAUUGCGUUAUGUACAUUCUGCGAAGUACAUGGGCCGCAAGUGGUGUUUACAACUCAAACAUACCGUAAUUGUUUCGGUAGUGAAAGUACGGAAAACCUUAAGUUCUAUGGACCUAAAGAUGUCUUGAGACAAAACGAAACCCAAAGGCAACCGCAGCCUGAUGAUAAUCAACGAAAUUGCGACGGAUGUAAGAGCCUUGGCUCCGUUAAAUAUUUGAGCAAUGAGCACGAAACAAGGACCUCGUUUCUUUCUGCACAAUCUCCACUUACUCAGGAAAUCGGAAGUCUCUUAAAAUAUGCUUGCAUAAGGAGUUUAAGCUGUGAAGUUCAUCCGGGAAAAGAAGGCAUAUGCUAUUUUGGAGAUGAUUACAGGGGCCAUGUUCUAAGUCAAACGUUCACCUUAAAAGAUGCUCAGGCCCGUGGAUUCAAAAGGUGGUGUAGUUUUAUAGUUUUUAUGCGGGACAAACAAUUUCUUCUGAAUAUGUGGCCGUUCCUAGUCGAUAAUUUGAGGGAACUUAUUAGAGAAUUGCAAGAUAUAUCUGAAAAAAAAUAUAACACCGACGAAGCAGAGUGUCCCCAAAGAGCUGCUAGAUUGACAACCGCGAGUAGUGGAUCCGAAGCUAAUUCCAACAAGCAUCCGAGGUCCCUCAGCGAUAUUACCAAUGAGAAGCACGUGUUUGCUAGGAUACACAUGUGGUUAGUCUGGAUACUCAGUGCGGGAGCCAGACAUUUUAUAGAGAUAUUACCUAUGAAUUUAUUAGACGAUGAAUUGAGUUUUGACUUGGAGCAUCACGUAGAAACCGAAGAGGGGUUUACCCUGGUGAACGCAAGGUCUCCGAUAAUCCCAAAGCUCACCUUGGAAGAGCCAAAAAUAGCCCCCGAGUUUUCAGAAAUCUCUCACAAAUCACCCAUCUCUAUAUUAAAAGGCUUGCGACUGGUUCUUGGAAAAGAUCACUUCAGACAGAUUUUAUACUCAAGUCUGACGGGAAUCCAAGUUUUGGUGCGGGGCCCACGGGCCCAGAUCCUAGAAUUAUUGUUUGGACUUAGUUAUUUGGUUCCUGCGGCGUGCCGACGAGUUGUGACACAGGCUACUGAAUAUAUGGGUCCUAAUUUAUGCAACUUCAUCGGUGUCGAUACAUCAGUACCGGUUCCUCAUCCAAAUCCCAAUAUCUGUCGGCUGGACAUCGUGCCGAAUGAACAUAGGAUAGAAAAUACAGACACACAUAUGAUCAGGUGGGCCGGUACGCUGCCCACCAAGCUACCGACUCUGUUGGUCAAGAUAGAGAAAUCUUUCGACAACGAUAAGCUCGGGGAACCAGUUUUAAGAGCAAAUCUAGUUGCUCUACAGGAAGAAUGGGCAAACAUAGCUAAGGUGGUGCACGCUAUGCGGGGCCGUGGCCACAGAGGAGAUUUGGCCGGACUCAUGAUGAGUUUGGGUGCGGGUCCGCACGAUCAAAAAUUAUUGGAUGCUUGGUCAAUGGGUUUCCCAUCCAAUCCUGCCUGACGAUGGUUAACUUUGUGAUUCUGUUUACAGUUUGGAGUUUCUUAGGGAAUUUUCUGGACGCUAACGUACGCUCUUUAAAAAGAAAACUGCUAAUCGAAUAUUUAGGUGACAUAUUUAUUAUUUAAUCUUCGACAAUACUCCUCGAGUUGUGCCCGUGUAACGCUACAUCAAUAGAUAUUUUUAAAUACACCUGUGGUAAAGUCGUGCCUCCACGUGUAACUCCUUGAGACGGUGCAGUCACUGUUGGGAUCGUGGUCGGAAUUUAUUACUUCGAUCGAUUUACAUCACGUUAUCUAUACCGGUAUAACGUACGCACACAUUAUAACAUUGUUCAGGAAUGUUGAAUAAAAAAUUCUGUGAUCUCGUAA